UCCCCAUAUCCCCAUGACUUAGAUGAAGCAUGAAGGAUUCUGAAUCAAGGUUUUUGAAAGCUUCCUGUUUUUGUUUUUCUUCCGUUUAAUUUUGAUUAAUUUCUUUUCAUCGGUUUCGUUUUCUCUUGAGAAUUACGUUAAGCUACUUGUUAAUCUUAUUGUUUUUUUUUUGUUUUGGGUUUUUGUUUCUUUCUUUCGUGGUGGAGUCGGCGAUGUGUGGAGAAAUCUGGGAGCUUGAUUUUGGGUCCGCGAUUCGAUUGAGUCAUGUUUGAUUGGGACGAAGAAGAGCUUACUAAUAUGAUAUGGGGUGAUGACGGUGAGACAGACGACCAUAUUGUGCCUUUUAAAUUAAGAAGUGAACAACUUAACAAGAAGGAACGGAGUGAAGAUUCUAAGACAGUUAAGCCGGCUGAACAAGAGAUAACUGGGACUAAAAAUGACCUCCAUGAGAGUAAACUGGGGAGCAGUUCGGGCCAUAACGUCGACGAGAAGAUUCCUCAGCCAGAUUUCUGUAUAAGCUCAUGGCCUGACUCAUCGCUAUCUAAUGCCAGAGAAGCUGAUCCAGAUUCGAGUGCGACUGAACUUUCUAAAUGCUUACCUGAGCCAGCCAGAUAUAAUUCAGCGAGAGGUGAGAAAACGUCUGAACUUGGGAAAGGCCCUGAUAUUUUUCAUAGCACUGAUGAGAGUAAAGAGCAAGGUGGUUUUGAUGAGUACGGCUGGGCUAACAUUGGUAGUUUUGAUGAUCUUGAUCGAAUGUUCAGUAAUGAUGUCCCUAUAUUUGGCGAUGGUAGUCUCAGCGGUGCUGAUGAGUUAUGGUCUUCUUCUAAAGAUGUACUCAAUAGUCCAUCAAAAUCAUUACCAUCAAUUUUGGACUCUCAAGAUAUAGGAUUGGACAUUAGGACUAAGUUCGAGCAACAAGAGAACCAGCAAUUUCCAUUGACUGGAAAAGCCAAUGGUCCGUUAUCCCAUAGUGUGCCGAGUGAACAUGUAACCCCAAAGGCUGAGCAAUAUCGUGAGCAUAAGGCUCAACUCUCAGUUGAGGACCAGCCAUAUCAACAAAAUAAAAUGAUGAAGUUUUCGAAAAUGUCUGGGGCUUCCGAGGCAGGAGCAGUUCAAGAUCCAUACGGUCAGCAGACUCCAUUUAGGAAUUCACCUGGAAAAUUUGUAAACCAGUUGGCACCGUCACAAUCCUCUUUGAUGGCUUUUAAUCUGAAGAGUAAGUCUCAAGGGUCUGGGACAUCACACUAUCCACAUAUGCGAAACCAAUACAUGGCUACAUCUGGUUUUGGUAAUCAUAGAAAUCCAUACUCUAAUGUGCCUGUAAUUUCGGCCAUUCAACGUCCUGAUUUUAAGAAUCAGCUGAUGCAUCCUUCCUACAAUCCUGCUACAGCUGUCUCAGUAAACAUGGGGACAGAUACCUCUGCACGACCUUCAACAAUGACGCCACAGGAAAAACUAGAAAAACUCAGGCGCAGACAGCAAAUGCAGGCAAUGCUUGCCAUUCAGAGACAACAGGAGAAAUUUCGUCAUCAGGUUCCUGUAGCAGAUCCAUCCAUUACUCAGAACUGUUGUCGAGAUAAUCAACUCCAGCUUGUCGACAAAAAUAAUCUUCAAGGGCUAACUGCAAUGCCUUCCUUUGAUCCUAAAUCAUCUUUGGAACUAGAUGAAUCUGGCAACUUUGCUGCUGCUAUUGAUAAUUCAUCAGAAUUCUCGGUUCUUUAUCGACUUCAGGAUGUUGUAGCAAAGUUGGAUAUGGGAAUAAGGACUUGUAUACGGGAUAGCUUAUUCCGGUUGGCUGAUAGCGCAGGUCAGAGACAUCACACUAGUGAUACAGCACACAGUAAUAAGAUUAGCCAGGAUGACCAGGAAGUUAUUCCCUCAGAAAAAUCCAGAUAUAGAUAUGCCGGGAUGCCAGACACAGAAACAGUGACCAAUCCCACAGACAGAACUGUGGCUCAUUUGCUCUUUCAUAGGCCUUUUGAUAUGUCGGCGGCAAAGCAUAUGGAAAUGGAAGGACCAGAAUCACCGGCUUCUUCGAAGAUGGGAACUGAAGAAAAAGGGAUUUUUCCUAAAUGCAGCACACAAGAGAGUCGCACAAAAAAGCACAAAGCAAAAGAGGAAGAAAUACCUGCAAGUUCACUUGCUUUAGGGAACGCACCUAACUCAGGAUCCAGUAGUACCGUUGGUGAGAGGGUCGUUGACGUAUCCCAAGGAAACAAAAGAAAGUUGUGAAAUUUAGAAGGGUUGCCGUGUUAGAGAGGACCCUGAGGAAUUCAGCAGAGUAGACAACAUCUCUCUGCAUCUCUUGAAGCAAUCUCCUCUUUACUCUUAUCAUGUGAAGCUCUUAUUCUUGUAAUUAGAUGUUCUUUUACUUGUUGAAUACCUCUUCUUAUUACACGUACCUCCAUGAGAACUACAUUUUGGAAAAUUCGUGUAGUUUGCUGUUAGUUUUUUUCUUCUUUGCAAACCAGAUUCAAUCUCUUA